AUGCCGCGACACGCAGCUCCACCGCUGCUACUGACGCUUCUCCUGUGUACUCUGCCCGUCAACUCUUCAUUCCAGCCAGCUCUUGUAUUAGAAAUGGCCAAGAUUCUCCUGGAGAACUACUGCUUCCCAGAGAACCUGGUUGGGAUGCAGGAGGCCAUCCAACAAGCCAUUAACAGCGGAGAAAUCCUGAAAAUUUCCGAUAGGAAGACCCUGGCAGCUGUACUCACAGUCGGAGUACAAGGAGCGCUUAAUGACCCGCGGUUGGCUGUGUCAUACGAGCCCAAUUUUGUCCCUGUGAUGACACCAAAGCUGCCAUCUCUUCCGAAAGAACAGCUGAUCCGGCUGGUCAGAAACUCUGCUAAGGUGGAUAUCCUGGAAAACAAUGUUGGAUACUUGCGGCUUGAUCGGGUCAUUGGGGAAGAGACAGCAGCGAAGCUUGGAUCUCUGCUGCGGGACAUCAUCUGGGACAAGGUUGUUCACACAUCCUCACUAAUUUUUGACCUGAGGUACAGCACAGCUGGAGAGCUGUCAGGAAUUCCUUUCAUAGUGUCUUAUUUCUCCGACCCCGACCCCGCCAUUCAUAUUGAAACUGUGUAUGACAGGCCCUCAAAUUCAACCAGCGAGCUGUGGACCAUGCCAUCAAUAAUGGGGGAAAGGUAUGGCAAGAAGAAAGAUGUGAUUAUUUUGACGAGUAAACGCACUAAGGGGGCUGCUGAGGCAGUGGCAUACACACUGAAAAACCUCAAGAGGGCCAUCACCGUUGGGGAAAGGUCCGCUGGUGGCUCAGUAAAAGUCCAAAAGAUCAGGAUCCCUCAGUCAGACUUUUAUUUGACCGUCCCUGUGGCAAGAUCCGUCAGUCCAGUCACAGGACAGAGCUGGGAAGUGACUGGCGUUUCCCCAACAGUCAACGUCAUUGCCAAGGAAGCGGUUUCAAAGGCUAAGUUGCUUCUGGUCACAAGGAACACCAUUCCAAAAGCUGUGCAAAGCACCUCCGACAUAAUCACAAGGUUUUAUGCGUUCACUGAUAGAGUUCCAGCCCUUCUUCAACAUUUGCAGUCUAUAGAUUUAUUCUCUGUUGUAUCUGAAGAAGACCUAGCAGUCAAACUCAACCAGGAUCUACAGACUGUGUCCGAAGACCCACGACUGAUCAUUAGAUACAUGGAAGACACUGCUGCAACCGAAGAGGAGGACACUGAGCUUUAUAAAGUCCCAGAUGAUCCUGGAUUAUUAAGAGCAUACAUCGAUACAGUGUUCAAAGUAAAAAUCCUGCCUGGCAAUACUGGUUAUCUGCGUUUUGACAACUUUGUAGAGACAGCUGCAUUGUCUAAACUAGAAGAACUCGUGGCUAAAUAUGUAUGGGAACCCCUCAAAGACACUGAUAACCUGAUUAUUGAUCUACGCUACAACACCGGUGGAUCUUCUACCUCUCUAGCCCUUAUACUGUCUUACCUCCAGGACUCCUCGCUGGAGCAUCACUUUUUCACAAUAUAUGACCGAAUGCAGAACAUAACAACAGAAUAUGACUCUCUGCCCGUAAUUACAGGUCCAAUAUACAGCUCUAAGCGUGGGGUUUAUGUGUUAACCAGCUACUACACAGCAAGCGUCGGUGAAGAGUUUGCCUACCUGGUACAGUCCUUACACUGUGGCACAGUUGUUGGGGAAAUAACAUCUGGUAUGCUGAUGCAUUCAAAGACCUUUCAGAUUGAAGGAACCAAUAUUGCCAUCACUGUCCCUUUCAUAAACUUUAUAGAUAACAAUGGGGAGUGCUGGCUGGGAGGUGGAGUGGUCCCUGAUGCCAUUGUGCUAGCUGAGGAAGCUGUGGACCAUGUUCAUGAGAUUGCACAUUUUCACGGAGGACUGCAGUCACUCAUAAAAGAGACUGGAGAACUGUUAGAAAAACACUACGCAAUUCAUGACGUGGCAUUACAGGUUGGCGAGGCGUUAUUAACUAAAUGGUCUGAUGGACUGUACCGUUCAGUGGUCGACUUUGAAUCGCUGGCAUCCCAGUUGACAGCAGAUCUUCAAGAGACCUCAAGUGAUGACCGCCUCCAUGUCUUCCACUGCGACGUUGAGCCUGAAUCGCUUCAUGAAGUUCCAAAGAUACCUACAGCAGAAGAAGUGGGAUAUAUAAUUGAUACUCUGUUUAAAAUUGAGCUUUUGCCAGGUAACAUUGGCUACCUAAGGUUUGACAUGAUGGCAGACAUAGAAGUGGUAAAAGCGAUUGGGCCCCAGCUCAUACAGUUAGUGUGGAGAAAAAUUGUAAACACUGAUGCCCUUAUAAUUGAUAUGAGGUACAACACCGGUGGUUAUUCAACAGCUGUCCCCCUCUUGUGUACCUAUUUCUUUGACGCUGAACCUUUGCGGCACCUUUACUCUGUUUUCGACCGCACAACAACCACGAUGACCGAAGUCAUGACGUUGCCUCAUGUCAGGGGCCAAAGGUAUGGAUCCUCCAAGGACAUCUUCAUCCUCACGAGUCAUAUGACCGGGUCAGCAGCCGAAGUGUUCGCUCGCACCAUGAAGGACCUUAAUCGGGCCACAAUUAUUGGGGAGCCAACAAUCGGGGGGUCUUUAUCAAGUGGAGCCUACCAGAUUGGGGACAGCAUCCUGUACGCUUCCAUCCCUAACCAGGUUGUUUUGAGUGCCGUCACUGGCAAACCAUGGAGCUUCUCAGGGGUCGAGCCUCAUGUCAUUGCUCAGGCAAAUGAUGCACUUGCUGUUGCGCAGAGAAUCAUAACAUCAAGGUUGCCGAAGAGGGUCAAAGGUACUCAGGAUAAUACGAUUAAAGGUUUAUUGUGGAGAAAAUCCUCUUAUGUGUGCACUAACAGAAACCUUGCAGCCAAAACAGUGCCAUUUGACAAGGAGCCUGUUUGGAGAAGGAGGUUCUGCUCAACAGCCUCCUCUUCUCAUUUAUUCUGGUUUCGUCUGACUAAAUCAGCAAAAAUGGCAAAGUCUCUCUUUCUGGUGGCUUCUCUGCUAGUUUUAGGAAAUGUUUUCUUUAUCCAGGCCUCGUUUCCCCCGACUCUUAUUGUAGAUUUGGCAAAAAUUGUCAUGAACAAUUACUGCUCACCUGAGAAGCUGGUGGGGAUGAAGGAGGCCAUUGAAGCAGCCGGCAGCAACACAGAGGUCCUCAACAUCCCAGAUGAGGAAUCCUUGGCUAAUGUCCUCACCUCUGGAGUCCAGACUACAGUCAGUGACCCGCGCCUGGCGGUCUCCUAUGAGCCGAACUAUGUACCUGUGGUUCCCCCAAAGAUGCCUCCCCUGCCCCCAGAGCAGCUCAUUGCCGUCCUACAGACUUCCAUCAAGCUGGACAUCCUGGAGGGCAACAUCGGCUACCUGAGGAUUGACCACAUUCUUGGGGAGGAGGUUGCUGAAAAGCUUGGGCCUAUGCUCAUAGACCUUGUCUGGAAUAAAAUCCUCCCCACUUCAGCUCUGAUUUUUGACUUGCGCUACACUAGCAGUGGAGACAUCUCAGGAAUCUCCUACAUUGUGUCUUAUUUCACUGAAGCCGAGCCUCCAAUUCACAUCGACAGCAUUUAUGACCGCCCCUCAAACACCACCACCGAGCUGAUUUCUAUGUCAACACUGCUGGGUCAGAGGUACGGCACAGUCAAACCACUUAUCAUCCUCACCAGCAAAAACACCAAUGGCAUUGCCGAAGACGUUGCAUACUGUCUUCAGAACCUGAAGAGGGCCACCGUUGUGGGUGAGAAGACAGCCGGGGGUUCAGUCAAAGUUGACAAACUCAAAGUGGGUGACACUGACUUCUACGUUACCGUGCCAACUGCAAAGUCGAUCAACCCCAUCACCGGCUCCACCUGGGAAGUCACGGGUGUGACGCCGGAUGUGGAGGUCAAUGCAGAGGACGCCCUCGCUACUGCCAUCAAAAUCGUCAACCUCCGUGUUCAAGUUCCCACCAUAAUUGAUGGAGCAGCAACCCUGAUUGCCGAGAACUAUGCCUUUGAAAACAUUGGUGCAGAUGUGGCAACAAAGCUGAAAGAACUCGUGGAAAAUGGCGAGUACAGCAUGGUUGUGUCCAAGGACAGUUUGGAGACAAAGCUGUCGGCCGACUUGAAGACCCUGUCUGGGGACAAGAGCCUGAAGACAACCAGCAACGCUCCAGCCCUACCAGCAAUCGAAUAUACCCCAGAGAUGUACAUUGCACUGAUCCAAGUCUCCUUCCACACGGACGUGUUUGAGAACAACAUUGGCUACCUGCGUUUUGACAUGUUUGGAGACUUUGAGGAGGUGAAACCCAUCGCCCAGAUUAUUGUCGAGCACGUCUGGAACAAAGUUGUCAACACUGACGCUAUGAUUAUGGACCUCAGGAACAACCUUGGAGGCCCAACCACAGCCAUCGCAGGCUUCUGCUCUUACUUCUUCGAUGACGACAAGCAGAUUGUGCUGGACAAGCUGUACGACAGACCAUCUGGAACCACCACAGAGCUCCGAACACUGACUGAGCUCACUGGCAAAAGGUACGGCUCCAAGAAAAGCCUCAUCAUCCUGACCAGCGGAUCCACUUCUGGUGCUGCAGAGGAGUUUGUUUAUAUCAUGAAGAAGCUUGGCCGUGCCAUGAUUGUUGGAGAGACCACCGCCGGUGGUUCCCACCCACCCAAGACCUUCCAGGUUGCUGAGACCGACGUCUUCCUCAGCAUCCCCACCGUCCACUCCGACACGACUGCUGGGCCCGCCUGGGAGGGAGCUGGCAUCGCACCACACAUUCCAGUCCCAGCUGACGCUGCCCUGGAGGCCGCCAAGGGCAUCUUCAACAAGCACAUUGCAGGACAAAAGUAAAGCAUGUCCUGAAAAAAUAAAUCGAAGGGGAGGGGGGGUUCAGCAUUCACUUUUGAUUUGGCAGCCAAAGGGUUUCAAAGUCUAAAAUCUAGGCUUGCUUAAGGAGUGAACAGCGUAGGUUAGGUACAAAGUGUAAUCGGUUAAUCGUUCUCUCGAUACCUAAGCCUUCUUAGUUUGUUUCUAAUGUAGAGCAAAGGUUCUACAGCAGAUUGUGUAGUUUUUUUUUCUGCGUUACUCUGAUUGUCGAAGGUUUUGAGAAUGUGUGGCGCUGGAAAGUCGACGAGGUCCUUUUGUGAAGGGAGCGCGAUCAAGUCUGCGUCAAACGUUAGUCGCAACAACAGAACGACAAGUCACGUGCAUAAGAGCAGAAAACAGAUUAAGCAAACAGACAAAUAUGCUCUCAAACGGAGUCUGCUUUUCAUUUGUUAUGCUGCAUAUUCAGAAUCAGGACCUCUAUAAAGCAUUGGUAGGAACAUCGACAUGUGAUGUCCUCAUUGGUGAUGAAACAGGCCGUAUGUCCACGAUGCAGUGAACUUUGUGGACCUGUACUUGAGUUGUAUCAAUUCCAAUGUUGAGACAAAUAAAAAAAACAACUGAAAUACA